GAAACUUACUCCCGUCGUGGGCCUACUGAAAUCUACCCAUACACUGGCUUACGCAGUGGACGUUAGGCGUGAGAAACUCGAGUAGUUCUCGGGUCGCUUCGUAGAACAACGGGGGAUCCACAACAACCAACCACGGUCCUUUCAUGUCAUGAAUUAGGCCUACUGAUUUAUCAAAACACGUGCGUCAUUCGUUCGUGGCCCGGCAACUUACCGCUUGGAACGUUAAGAGCAACAGUUUAUCUCACUAGCAAAUGAUUAAGAUGUCCAAGUUUGAAGGAAACUGGGGCCCUGUCGGAGCCGACUGUGCGCCACUUCAAGAUUACCUUGUUCUUAUGGGAGUGCCUCAGCAACUCAUAGACGUCUACAGUUCGGUUGAACAAGAGAUUUCGGUCGAGGAUGAUCAGUGGACCAUCUCGAUUGCCCCGCCCGUACCAGAGGAGGCCGGAGAGGCCGGGGAAGUGGUCGCUGACAACGGUCCCGACAUGAGCGUCAAACACAACAUCAGCAUUGGCAAGAAGACAGAGGAAAAGGAACCAGGCGGAAACAUUUAUCUUGUUUCCGGCAAGUUGACAAAGGACAAGUCAAAAGAGAUAUUCACUAUGACCAGAGAAUUGAAAACGGCCGUACCGAAGGAUAAAACCAUGGAAGGUGUUGAAAGCCUAAUAGAGACGCAGGUCCACGAAAUAUUACUAAAGACGCCCCUUGUUAUGACAAUUAAAAUGGACCUGGUGAAGAAAGUGAAGGGGAAGGGCGAGAUGAGGCAGAAAGGGGUUCAGGUCUUUCAGCGGAAAGUGGAAACGCCCGAGGAUAAACUAAAAGGGGCGAUAAAAGAGAAAGCUAAGGGCACCGUUGAUAGCAAGAUAGAUGAGAAGAAAAAGAAGAAGUAGACCUUGCGACGAAACCAGCACCCGUCUUAUAGAUUAGCACUCACAACUGCGGCAGAAUAGACCCUGAUGGAACCAGUACCCGUUCAUAGAACAUUCUAACCGUUGAACCACCAAGGCUUUCAUGUUAGGGUGGAGAUUUUCUUUGUGUCUCAUGAAAUCCCAUAGAUAUGUCGCUUAGCCAUUUACUACGCUCUUUGAAGGAUCUUUUUGAUUUACCUCUACGCCAUUGUUGAAUAGAUGUAAGAGCAGCCAUUUUCGUUAUACCACCAGCAACCGCCGGACUAUGAGGCAACGGGUCCGGUAGGCAGAAGGUCAAAUUGAACCCUGCUAAUUAUUGUUCAUUGUUCAUGUAUUCUGUAUCAAGCAGACACGAUCCCUAAGACAAUAAAAAUCUGAAAGUAAUUACGAA